AUGCCCGGGAGCCGCUCCAGCACGGACCCAGAGCACAAGUCACCGCGGGAAAGUGGUGAAGAUUCCGAGGAUGAGAGCGAGAUCCUGGAAGAGAGCCCAUGCGGGCGGUGGCUAAAGCGUAGGGAAGAGGUAUAUGUAGGUUCUAAAUCCACGAUAGCUGAAGGUACUAACUUUGGAUCGACAAGAGGAGCUGAAAACGAAGUCACUGAAAUGGAAGUGGAACAAAGCGAUGUUCCGGGAAUCGAUUGUGCUUAUCUGGCAAUGGAUACGGAGGAAGGAGUUGAGGUGGUAUGGAAUGAGGUGCAAUUCUCGGAAAGAAAAAAUUUCAAAGCCCAGGAGGAAAAGAUACAGCUCGUGUUUGAAAACCUUACGCAGCUGGAGCAUCCUAACAUUGUUAAAUUUCAUAGGUAUUGGACAGAUACUCACAAUGACAAGCCCCGAGUUAUAUUUAUAACGGAGUAUAUGUCGUCCGGAUCCCUGAAACAGUUCCUAAAGCGAACAAAGCGCAAUGUAAAAAAGUUGCCUCUACAAGCGUGGAAACGGUGGUGUACGCAAAUACUUUCUGCACUCAGUUAUCUGCAUUCCUGUUCACCUCCCAUUAUCCACGGGAAUCUUACCUGUGACACUAUAUUUAUUCAACAUAACGGACUUGUAAAAAUUGGUUCAGUGGCGCCAGAUGCGAUUCAUCAUCACGUCAAGACCUGUAGGGCGAACAUGAAGAAUAUGCAUUUUGUGGCCCCAGAAUAUGGAAAUUCCGUCACACCAGCCAUAGACAUUUAUUCAUUCGGGAUGUGCGCUCUGGAAAUGGCCGCGCUGGAAAUUCAGGGAAACGGUGAUACGGGUACAAUCGUUACCGAAGAGAACAUCCGGAAGACAAUAGAAUCUUUAGACGAUGUUCAACAAAAAGAUUUUAUUCGUAAAUGUCUUCAGGUGGACCCGCUUAGUAGACCGAGUGCGAGAGAGUUGCUGUUCCAUCCCGUUCUAUUCGAAGUACACUCUCUUAAGCUGCUCGCAGCGCACGCCUUGGUCAAUUCAGCCACCAACAUUUCGGAAACAAUCACAGACGAAGUGUUGCAAAGGCUAUAUGGACCAGACACUGUAGUCGCCGAAAUAAAAUAUCAAGGGAUGCCCCCGCAGCAAAUUCGGUUAAGUGAUAUCCCCGUUACGGAAAAGUUAGAAAAAUUUGUUGAGGAUGUAAAAUACGGAAUAUAUCCAUUGACUGCAUUUCUGGCGAAAUUACCGCCGCCCGUUCGAUCGAGGGCGAUAUCGCCCGAGGUGACAGAAUCGGUUAAGUCGGUCACGCCCGAGCCCGUGGACGUGGAGUCUCGAAGAGUAGUUAAUAUGAUGUGUAAUGUUAAACCUAGAGAAGAAAGUAGUGAAUUACUUAUGACAAUAUUGUUACGAAUGGAUGACAAGAUGAAUAGACAGUUAACAUGUCCUGUGAGCCAAAUGGAUACUUCGAUGCUUCUCGCACAGGAACUUGUACAUUUUGGUUUUAUUAACGAGAACGAUCGUGAUAAAAUAGCCAAUUUAAUCGAAGAGGCAUUGAGGAGAUACUUCAACAAGCAAAUGGUAACACCGGGAAUGGUAUCGUUAACCAAUCUUCCUACUCAAACUACUCUAUUGCUGCCUGGUCCGGAAUUUCCAUGCUUGCAACACUUCGACAAUUCCGUGUGCAACGCCGCCGCAGUGUCCAAUAGUGAUAGUGCAACUAACCUGCUGCCAAAAACCUCAGGUAUAUCCGUGUCAAGUAACAAAACGAAUAAGCUUCACGACGACACAGAGCCGCCGACGAUCACCGAAAGCGGCAGUUAACCAUCCAGGACGUCUGAUAACUCAGUUCACUGUGCCACUUUGCACGCUUUAUGUAUAGACUGGCUAUGUAUUUUUAUAUUUAAGUGAACAGAAGGGGGAAAGAUGGGGGGGUGGGAGAAGGAGAAGGAGAAUGGAAGUAAAGAUGGGAGGGUGCCGUGGCUACACCUCUAAACUGACUGCAAGAAAAACAAGAAGUUAGGAAUCGCUUAGCGUCUUUACUUUCGUUUCAGUCUGUCGAAGUCAACGGUUCUGUUGUCAAAUUAUAUCGGUUCUCUGUAUUUUAGAAUUUUUUUACAUUAUAUAGGUAUGCGAAUAAAUUAAAGAAAAUGUACGAAUCUAAUGUAAAAAAGACCAAAUACUUGUGAUUGUACGAUUAAGAGGGCAGUUAGAAGUCCGCUGGUUAUCGAUUCGUAUCUUCACACGCAGCUGUGUGUACGAUUUGAUAUUUAACUGUUGUAAUUUACUCAUUGGGAUGCAAUUAUGAGAGAGGAGAGAGAGAGAGAGAGAAAGAGAGAGAGAGAGAGAGAGAGAGAGAGGGAGAGAAAGAAUAAAAGAAAGAGAAAGCUCACCACGUCCCUUGUAACGGUCUCGUAGAGAAUUACGAAGUUUGGAAAAUUAAAAAAACCCGUUCGGAAUUUCAUAGUCUGCGUUUUUCAGAACGACGACGGCGUUCAUCGUGACAUUUAUUUUAUGCAUGUACAAAAAUCGACUGGAAUCAAUACUUGAUCAUGCGUACAAAAUUACUCUUUUGUACAAUUAUCGAUUGGAUCGAUUAAUAUUAAAGAAAGUACCGUAUGGGAGCUUGAAUAUUAUUUCGGACGAGUUUCGAUGUUUCAUCGCGCUCUUGUCGUCUCUCUCGCCAAAAUACUCAGCGUGUCGUAAAGUCUAAAGUGUAAAAGUGUGUCGAGCGAAUGUGAGCGGCGUUCGCCGAGAGGAAGAGAGAAGGUGACAGCGGCGUACUCGUUCGUUUACCAUGUUGUUCUUUCUUUUUUGUUUUAUUCUUAGUUACACAUAGACCAGAUCGCGAUUUAAUACCGGCUCAAAUAGAUCUUUGGUGGUAACUCGGAUGAAGCCACGGCCCUACUAUACUUGGGUAUUAUUGAUGUGAUUAAACCAAGGUUAUUAAAUCUCGAUAAAAUUAGCUGAAAUCCUUGUAAAUACUUUAUAUUUUUAAGAAAAAUCUGUUGACACACACAGAAAACUAGUCAUAUAGGUAUAUUCGAGUGCUAACAGACUAACACAGAUCUUAUUACGUCUUUUGCAUUUAUAACACGUGCUUGGCCAAGAGAGAUACUGCUCCAAUUUCAUACCUCCGUCGAAUCGAUUUUCAGUGACGCAUUUCUCAUUAAGUAAACGACUAACCCUACUAGAGGUAACUACUACAAACAACAACAUAAACACUUCGAUCUUAAGUAUGUAAGUAGAUUAUCAAAACUGAAUUAAAUGUGUAUAGCUUUAUAAUACAAAUUAUAAAUGAUGAAAAAAAAGGCGCGCGAUGACUGACUCGUGGAUAUUAUGAAAGGGCUGUACGAUGACAGUGAUAAAUAAAUACUUUAACUCGGAA